UUCUGCAGCCAUGGUUGCGCUCAAGGGUAUCCCGAAGGUGCUGUCCCCGGAGCUGUUGUUCGCUCUUGCGCGGAUGGGGCAUGGAGACGAGAUUGUCCUUGCAGAUGCGAACUUCCCUACCUCCUCCAUCUGCCAGUGCGGGCCUGUAGAGAUCCGAGCCGACGGCCUGAACAUCCCACAGCUCCUGGAGGCUGUGCUGAAGCUCCUGCCCCUGGACACCUAUGUGGAAAGCCCGGCUGCUGUCAUGGACCUGGUGCCCAGUGACAAGAAGAAGGGCCUGCAGACCCCCAUAUGGGACCAUUAUGAAUCCCUUCUUCUCAAAGCUGACUGUAAGAAAGCCCUGAUGAAGAUAGAGAGAUUUGAAUUUUAUGAACGUGCAAAAAAGGCAUUUGCUGUUGUUGCAACUGGGGAGACAGCACUCUAUGGCAACAUCAUCCUCAAGAAGGGAACUCUUGACCUCGGACCCUCAUAGAGACCACCCCAGGCUGACAGUUGACUGUGCCUGAACCCAAUCAGCAAACCUUCCCUUGGCGGGAACCAGACCUGGACAUCAGCCUCGGGUUCAAGAAGAUGGCAGAUCUUGAGAGACUCUGCUGACCCUGACAAAUUCCCCCUUCCACGACUUGUGAAAUU